GGAGUAUUUGUUUUUCCAAUCAGUGUUAGGUUUGGCAUACUCAAAGUGUUAACUUGUUUGUGAAGCGCGGAUCGUGAUGUAAACAAUAAAACACAAACCCGGAAGGAUCGACGAUUGAUCAGUUUGUUUGCGGUUGUGCGGAAUAGUGAAGAAUACAUUCACGACGGUGCAAUGUUAACGCAAAAGCUCUAUCCGGAGGUGAACUCGAUGCCGACGUCUACGAACGCCAUGGCCCCGAUGACGCCGACUUACUCCAUGAACUCCAUGGCCGCCAUGCACCAGAUGAACUGCUCUCCGCAGACCCCCAUGUUCGGCACCAGCAUGCUCAACUCCGGGAUGUCUUCCAGCAUGCCCAUGAACCGACUCAGCGCCAGGAUGGACGGUCAGCAGAUGAACGAGCCCUCCCAAUUGGGGUACACCACCAUCGGAUCGCCAAUAUCCAACAUGAAUGCUGCAUGUAUGGGUGCCACCAUGACCGGGAUAAACAAUUACACGGCUACGAUCGGUCGUGGUGAUUUGAGUGGAGGUGAUACGUCGCCGAAUUCUGCCCUGCAGCGCGCCAGAGCGGACAAAACGUACAGAAGAUCUUACACGCAUGCCAAACCACCGUAUUCCUACAUCUCGUUGAUAACCAUGGCAAUCCAGAACAGCCCGCAGAAAAUGCUAACGCUUUCAGAGAUCUACCAGUUCAUUAUGGAUCUCUUCCCGUUCUACCGCCAAAACCAGCAGCGUUGGCAAAAUUCCAUCAGGCAUUCUCUUUCAUUCAACGACUGCUUCAUAAAGGUACCUCGCACACCGGAUAAACCGGGCAAAGGCUCCUUUUGGAGUUUACACCCGGACUCUGGAAACAUGUUCGAGAACGGUUGCUAUCUCCGGCGGCAAAAACGGUUCAAGGACGAGAAGAAGGAGUUGAUGAGAGCUGCGCAUAAAAGUCCCUCGAAUAGCGUGGACAACAGUAACAGCUCUGGAAAGAAAACUCCUCUGCAACACAACGAGGAAAAGGCUCCGCACCAUCUGGACAAAACUAACGAUAACAACAUUGGCUCGAUGCUGAUCCAUCCGACCAAACUGGAUGUGGAUCAGAUGAAUCUGUUGAACGCGAAUGAUCUCCAUAUGCAGCAUCACCAGUCUCAAAAUAUGACGCACGAAGAGUUAUCAGCGAUGAUCACCCGCAACAACCACCUGGCGUUAUCAAGUGAACACCAAGCGAUGUUGCACCAUGGGUCCGUGAACCAUCAUCUCAAACAGGAACCCACGGCUGGAUACACCCCAUCGAAUCAUCCGUUCUCCAUCACCAGGUUGUUACCUAACGAAAGUAAGUCUGAUAUCAAAAUGUACGCGGACAUGCAGUACGGUUACAACACUUUAAGUCCCUUACAGAACUCUAUACAUUCACACACGACCUUAGGGAAUGAUUAUUACAAUAGUCCCUCUCUGUACCAUGGUUCUUCGGGUACGACGUCCUUGUGACAGUACCCGUUAGCGUAAAGGGACACUUUUCUCGAAUAUUUACGCGGUUACUGUAUAUAGUUUCUCAUGAUACGUGAUUUGUAAAAAAGAUAUAAAAAAAGCAGUGACGUUAUAUCUUAUGCGUGCUAGAAACAAUGAGCAGUGAAAUGGUGAUCGUUAAAAAUAGUUAACCUUUUUUAAAAGUGCGUCGAUAUAUAGUAUCUCAAAAAUAAGUUAUGCUGCCUUUAAAUAUUACAACAUGCCUAAAGUUAGUAUAAUGAAAAGUUUCUGAAACUUAGAAUAUCUCUCAAUCCUUCAAAGGUGUCAUUCUUACGACUCUUGAUGACGAUGAAGCAUUUAUUACAAUAUCGAUCUACGAAGCAUGAUAUAACGUUUAUUAUUGCAUACAAAGACCAAACAAAAGAAAAAUUAUUCGUUUUCGAAAUCUGUUUCCUGUGCAAUUCUCUUACUGUCUUGUUUUAUUUAUUUUGAUGCUGUUUUCAACAUUUUUCUGUUUUGCGACGUAUACGAAAAACCUUGUCAAUAAUUGUCAUACCCUUGCCGUUUAUUUGUUGUGCAAUUACUUUGAGUACUUGUCAAAGACAACACAAGAGCAAAGAAGAACGGUAUCAUCAUUAAUCAAGCAUCAAAAAAAGAAACGCACAAACUUUGGUUGCACGUAGAUGCCAUUUAAACAUUAUCCGAUCAACUCUCACUGUUGACGCUUUUAUAUUUCACGACCAUUAUAAGCAAUCUAGAUGCUGUACAAUUAGUCUUCAAUAAUAGCAACUACAAAUACGCAUUGCGUUAAGAGCGUGCCACAGUGAAUCGAAAGCUAGAUAAACAUUGUAACAAACACUUCGAGAUAAAUUAAUACUUAUUGUUGUUACGUCAGACAUCAUCCAUUUAAAGCAGGCAUCUAAACGUGUUAUUGAACAACUACUAAAUUAUUAUGCAAAAAGCACUUGUUCUAUGCGCAAUAUACCAUAGGUAUUCUAUGUAAAUGAAAGAUCUCUAAAUAUUCUAUGAAAUUAGUUAAUUAAUGAUUCCAGUAACUUAUAAUAACUGAAAAAAUGUUGGCUUUAGUUGUCUGCGACACAAAAAUCAGAUUCUACAGAUGAGGUAAAUAAAUUUGAAGGACUGAGUAGAUCGUCUGAUUCAUACUAUCACAUGGUUCUCGAGUUAAUAUUGCAAUUGCCAUACGCAUUAGUUAAUGAGCAGUAUAUCUAACGUUAAUAUUUGGAAAGUAUAACAAUGGUUGUGUAACGUAUGACAACAGACGAUGAUAAAAAUUCGGUAGUUGUGAAUUUAUUCCAAAUUUUGUAUGAAUCGUCAAACUUCAAGGGCAUCGCUCACGUGAAGUCAAUAUGGCAACACUGCAUCCGCGAUUUAGUAACGCACACUACGCAUCGAGCACAAUGUUGCCAUUUUCAUUGUCUAGAAGAAUUAAUAGUAACAUCAGCGUAUCUAUGUCUUUAGAAAGUAAUGUAAUGCCUUCCAGACAUAAAUACUAACCAGCAAUUAUUGGUCGAAAAUGCCCUUAAAAGGCACAUUUCUGGUAAUAAUCAUUUGCUUCUUGUUGUAUGAAAUAUCACGCCACUGCUUUUAUCGCCCCACUUUCCUAUAUUCGAUAUACCAAUACCUUGAUAGUUAUAAUACAAUUCUUGGAAUUAUCGUUUCCUUCAC